UUAAAGGGCCAGUUCACCCCAAAAAUAAAAAUCAGCUGUCGUCGUUAUUUCUCGUUAAAAUGUUCAGUGAAGAUUAGUCCCAGCUGCAGUUUACAAGCUUUAAAACAAAGAGCAGGAGCAGCAGGAGGAGGUGGAGGAGGUGGCAGCUUCGUCACUCACAGCUUCUGCUCAGUCAUACACGCACAGCCGGGGGAUUUAUUUAUUUAUUUUUUUACCGCAGUGCAUCUGCAGCAUCCUCUGAUCUGAACGACAGGGGUGCCGCUGUGUCGUAGGGGGAAGAAAGCACCGUUAACUGGAUCUGGACUGUAUUUAUUAUUAUUAGUAUUAGUCGUAUUAUUAUUAUUAUAUAUUGCUGCUUUUUUAUUAUUAUUUAUUUUUGCUUUAAAUGUAGCCGUCACGCAGUUUCAUCUGCAAUGCCAACACGACGGAGGCAUCUCUUCCACUCGCACGGGGUCAUUAGAUAGGUGAUAUUAAAAUAUUUUCAGCUGUCAUCGCACUAGAGGACAAUAUAUAUAUUUAUUUAUUUUUUCAUCGGAGGAGACAACAACAACAACAAAAGGAGACACGGCCUCUAAAGCAGGACAGUAGGCUCUGGUUAUGGAUUAAACAUUGGUAGCUUGUAGUCUGAAUAUAGAGCAUGCAAUUUAAUUAUAUAUAUGCACCGGCGUGUUAAAUGUAUUAUAGAUGCACGUGUGUUUAUUCUAAGCAUUGUGCUGUGUGUAAUUUGCCAAAAGAGCAGAGCAUGUGGCCCCAGGCUGAUCUAAUGAUUGCUCUGUGGAUUUCAUUGUAAGACCUCAGGGGGGAAACAAAUCAAAUCUCAGGGUGUUGGUCUGGAGAGGGGGAAACACUGUGAGUUACCAGAUAGUCUGGAUUGUAUCUGUAUCAUAUGCUGCUCCUAUAAUUAAAAGCUAAAAAUUUAAAAAAGCCAGCACUACAUUAGAAAGGUUGUCUCAAAAAGCAGCAAUAAUUUGUGGCAAUAAAUUCUGUUGCUGGUUUGAGCCAAAGAAUUGAGACUGUUAGGACGUAGAUUUCAUUCAUGUUGCACUUUGUGAUGCAUGUUUAGCUGCUAGCGUCCUCACUCAUACAUGUAAUAUUGGCCUGCACUUUAAAAAUUAACACAUAAGCUCAAGUCUUUAUAAUAUAUACAUAUAUAUAUAAAAGAAAACCUUUGCAAACUCGGAGGUGCUCGGUUUAUGAGUGUCAUCUUUUUUGGAGCUCCACACUUGGAGCGUUAGGGUUAAAGUUUGUACUUCUUGAGACCCCUCCUAAAAUCAAAAACAGCUACUCUAACGUCCGGUGCCAUGGCGGCGUUACACCUACUGCUCCUUUCUCUUCUCUGCACCUUGUUCGUGUAUCAGUGUCAUGGGGCCUGUGCAGAGGUGGACUCGGACACAGAGGCGGUGGCAGGCAAAGGCUUCAAACUGGGCUGCAUCUCCUGCAAGAGGAGGAGUGAGGUGGAUGGUUCUGCCACUGUCGAAUGGUAUUUCAGGGCCAAAGGAGAGGCCGACUUUGUUCCUAUCUACACCUACGACGAGGACGGCCCCACCAUCAAGCAUGACCACUUCAUGGACCGUCUGGACUGGAAUGGAAGCAAGAGGAGCAACGACAUCCAAGAUGGGUCCAUAUACCUGCUCAACGUCACCUUCAACGACACGGGAACCUACAGCUGCUUCUUCAACCGCAUCCUCUUCUACGCCAACUAUGAGUACAACACUGUUGUCAACAAAGUGGUCCAACUCUCUGUGGUGGCUAAAGCCACCAGAGGAACAGCUUCCAUCGUGUCUGAGGUCAUGAUGUACGUGUCCAUCAUUGGCCUUCAGGUCUGGCUCCUCAUAGAGAUGAUAUACUGUUACAGGAAAAUAGCAGCAGCCGGGGAAGAAGCAUUACGAGAAGCAGCAAAUGCUGAAUAUUUAGCGAUAGCCUCGGAAAGUAAAGAUAACUGCGCAGGAGUGCAAGUCGGAGAAUAGCACAGGCUUCUUCCAUGGACUGAAAACAUCGUUCCACCAUCAGACCUGCAUGUAGACAGCUUGGAAGAAAAACUCCUCCUCAUCUCAAGCCUCUAUUUUAGUUUUUUCCUCGACAAAGAUCCCAAAUGGAUACGACAUACAAAGAGAGCAUGGUACCAGCACUGUAUAUAGUAUUCUGCGCGCAAGAGCAUGUACUGCACUUACAUGAGAAAAAAACAUUAUGCAUUAAUGAGCCACAUUGUUAAAAGCAUAUACUGUACAUACAGUAUUUCUAUAAGUAUACGUAGUCACAUUUAUAUAACAUGUAAGUGAAGCUAUGGUGUUGGACUCCAUGAGGCUGAUUGUCAAAGGAAGCUUUUUACUACAUCAUCACCAACUAAUGUACAAACAACGAGACACACAACACGUAUGGUAAAGUUAUUUAUAAAAAUAGAAUGUGAUGGACUAUGAUAGACUGUCUUUCCAGUUGCUAGUUGUACAUUCAAUGAAAUCUUAAGAUGUACUAAUAAAAACAGAAAAAGCACACGUGACGGAGGAGUCUUCUGUCUUUAUAAAUAUUAUAAAGAUUAAAUGGUUGGCUGAUAUUACAGAAAUAACACAGACAAAUUCCAAUUAUUAAUCCUUUUUUAUUAUUAUUUUCAUGCAUCUUCCAGAGAGCUAAUAAAACCCCAUCAUAACAACUCAAAGCCGGGCUUUAAAUCACACCCACCCUCAUCCACACAACGAUUUAAGGGAAUGGUUCAAAAUUUAGAGAUGUGUGUACCAAUUUCUUUCCAAAGGUUACUUGAGACUGGCUGUGUGUUACGUAUUCGUGACAUCGAAACCAUAUCGCUUGUUCAUUUGUGAGCUGGUGGGCACCUUUAUGCUGAGCUAGGCUAUUUACUUCCAGACACCAGCUCUGUAAUUUUGGCAAACAUGAGAGUGGUGGUAUCGAUCUUCUCUUUGGA